AUGGAACUAGAGCUAACGCGUGUAGACUACACAAACGUGGGAUUAACUGGUCCCUGUUGCUUGCAGCUUUUGCCUCCAUCGAGCGGAAAUAACAGUAGCGCAUCGAGCAGCAGCAAUAGUGGCUAUAAACAGCAGCAAAAAGUUGCGGUUGGUGACCAGGAUGGUGUACUGCAGCUGUUCUCAAUGAAAAAGGAUGAGUUGCAGAUCCACUUCAAAACGCUACCGAAUGAAAAAAUUUCCUCAGUCAAGCUGGGUGGACAGACGGGUUCGGUGGCGGACAAGAUAUUUACCGCCUCGGAGAAUAAGGUGCGCGGUUUCAACAAGAAGGGAAAGCUGUUUCUCGCUUUCGAAACAAGCCUGACGGAAACGAUUCGCUCGAUGUGCAUCAGCGGCAACGAUCUGCUGGUGUGCGGUAAUCACGUGUACAACCAUUAUCGGGACUGCAAGGAAGUGGGAUCGUAUCUGUGCGGCGAUGUGAUCGUGGACGUAGCGGCCCUAUGUCCGAACAACAGCAGUCGACUCAUAACGGUGUUGGCGUGCUCGGGCCGUGUUUUACGAAUCCUCGAGCAUUCCCGCGUACGACAAACGGUCGAGCUGGAGAGCGUCCCGACGGUUCUGUAUGUCCCGAAGGGUCUAGGCGAUAGGGUGCUCUGUGGCUUUGCGGACGGAAGUGUGCUGCUGUUCCAUCUCAACCUUUUAUCAGCGGAUGUGAAGCGAGAAACACUGAUACCAGAUCGCGACCCCGCUUCCGAUAGCAGCGAUGGAACACCAAGCGCAGUAACGUGCCUCGCUACCUACGACCUAUCAGGAGACGGUAAGGAGGAACUUAUCGUGGGUCGUCGGGAUGGCACGCUGCAGGUGUUUGCAAUGAACUCGGACGAUUAUCAGUUCGAGAUGGAAUGCACCCAAGUGUAUGGGGAAAACUUUCACGAAAGCAUUUCGAGCGUCCAGGGAGGGUGUGUUGGGGCCACAAACUACACCGAAAUCGUAGUCUGCACGUACUCUGGCCGGGUGUUUGGCCUCACAACGCAGUGCAUCAGUAAAAGCCUCAGUGACAAGGGCACCCGUGUGGAUGAUGCCGGAACACCGGCGGGAACUCCGUCGGUCGAUUCAUCAGUCAAACUUCAACGCAUAAGGGCUGAAAUAUAUGAGCUCGAGCAAACGAUCGCCAAAGAGCGGGAACGAUAUCAACUAUCCACGCAAGCCCUCUCGUCCGGUCUGUCCGCAAUACCGAUGCUACCGGUAAACGAUACCUUUAUUCUCUGCAAAGACGAUGCAACGUUCUUACUGUCGUUAGAAAUUCCGACACCAAUCGAGCACGUGUUGUUACAGUGCGAUGCUCCGAUCAGUUUGCUGGAUGUUGAAAAGAACACGGCCGUUGUAAGUUUCAGCGAGUGUGACAAACUUAGCGGAAACAGCCUCCUGGCGAGCUACCGCUGCCAACUAAAUACAAAUCGUAUCGACCUUAAAUUUCGCACCAUCGAAGGUCAAAGUGGAACACUGCAAGUGUACAUCACGCCCAACUUGCAGCCCAAGUGCUGCCAACUGAAGCGAUAUCCUAUAAAGCCACUUUCGUUGCACAUGAUCGUGCACAAUAUCACCGAUGAAGGUCUUGCUAGACCGAUGAACGUACUUACGCUCCGGGGACCAUUCAGUCAGGCAGAAGUACACAAUUGGAUGAUCAACAGCAUUCCUGAGUUGCCAGAAAAGAUGUACGAAACUGGGAAGGUGCGGUAUUCUUUCCGACACGUAUUCAUCGGGACACUGUUGGUGUGCGAGUAUGGGAAGGGAGAAGCCGUCUUUCGUAGUGACAACAUUUCGACAAUAUCGAUACUUAAGGAUUUCAUCACCAAAGAGGCUACGAAAAAGCGCAUCAAGCUUGAAAUAUCCACUUCUCUCAACGAGUCCAGCAUUCCAUCGCUGAUUAAGCUAAUUGAACCGAAAAUCGUGCACUACAAUAAACUCACCAAAGACUAUCAGGUCGCCCAGGCCUUGAUUGAUUUGGACAUUCGGGACGACGAAGAGUUCAACACACUUUCCGAGGAGUAUCGUGCACUGGUGCGCAACCACAAAACUAUAGAAAAUGAAUACCGAAAGCAACCGACUAUACUGAACCGAAUCUAUGGCAUUCUAACCGACUUGUACAUCGAUAAAUUUAAAUUCAAGGGAGUUAAUGUUAAAACCAAGCUACCACAGUUAAUCGAACUGCUGGACAAUUACAAUUACGAUGAAUUGGUUCGAUUUUACAGCGUUGCCAAGGCGACCGAUGAGGAAAAUUGA